GAUCGGCUUCUCUUUGAGUAGACUGCGAGAAGAUGAGGACGCUAAGCGGCCGGCUCGCACCUUCAGCCUCGCAUGAUUAGCCUCCCCUUUUAAACAGCGUACAUCUAAGUCUCUUUGCCUUUUUUUGUAUAUAUAUUGUAUAUGCAAUUUUAAUGUCGUUUAAGUGUGAUCGGGGAGUUGUAGAGAGGGACGAGGUGUGACGCUUGGAAAAAGGAGCACGAUCAAUUGCACCGGAUGUUAUUAAACGCCUCAUAAAGAGCAAGGAGUAGAUUCAAGACCAAAGCCAUGGAGGUUGUAUUGCAUAUGGUGAACGACACAAUAGAGUUUUACAAAUGGAGCCUUACUAUAGCAGACAAGCGGGUGGAAACCUGGCCAAUGAUGUCAUCACCCUUACCCACACUGGCCAUCAGCAGCCUCUACCUGCUCUUCCUGUGGGCAGGGCCUCGAUAUAUGCAGGGCCGCCAUCCCUAUACACUCAGAAAGACCCUGAUAGUCUACAACUUCAGCAUGGUGGUCCUAAACUUCUACAUUGCCAAAGAGCUCCUGCUUGGCUCAAGAGCAGCUAGGUACAGCUACCUCUGCCAACCUGUCAACUACUCUAACGACGUCAAUGAAGUCAGGAUAGCAUCAGCUCUUUGGUGGUACUACAUAUCCAAAGGAGUGGAGUUCCUGGAUACUGUCUUCUUCAUCCUGAGGAAGAAGUUCAACCAGGUCAGCUUCCUCCAUGUGUACCACCACUGCACCAUGUUCAUCCUCUGGUGGAUCGGCAUCAAAUGGGUCCCUGGUGGGCAAGCUUUCUUCGGAGCAACGAUCAACUCUGGCAUCCAUGUCAUCAUGUACGGCUAUUAUGGUCUGGCUGCACUGGGACCUCAGAUGCAGAAGUACCUCUGGUGGAAGAAGUACCUCACCAUUAUGCAGAUGAUCCAGUUCCACGUGACCAUCGGACACGCCGGCCACUCCCUCUACACAGGCUGCCCCUUCCCCAACUGGAUGCAGUGGGCUCUGAUUGGCUACGCCGUCACCUUCAUCAUCCUCUUUGCCAACUUCUACUAUCACGCGUACCGACGCAAACCCUCCCAUGCGAACAGGGGGGUUAACCCCGUCACCAAUGGCAUCUCCAAGGCCACCAACGGCCACAGCCAGGCGGAGGAGGUGCAGGACAACGGCAAGAGGCAAAAGGGCAAGGGCCGGGUGAAAAGGGAGUAACGGACUAAGGACGGCUUGCUCGGGAGAUAAACCAGAAGACAGUUUUCAUGACCCAGAGAUGGAAGAGAAGAAGGGUGGGUAGAUGAGGAGGAAAACCAGGUGAGCGCAGUGCAAAUAAACGCAUUGUGGCCGAAUGGGGUAUUGACGGGAAGACAGUUGCUAUUGGUUGUCUUUCGUCACUGUUUUCAUUUAAAAGCAAGCAAAGCAAACAUGCUAAACACGUAGGCUUCAUGUGUCCAACAUGUUUUUUUGGACCAAGUCACACCCGGAAUGUUGUUGAAGCACGCACCAAACAAAUUUUACCUCCAAGUUUUCUUACACUGGAGCCCAGUCAUGUUUUUCUUUGCAAGCUUCCAUAGUCUUAAAUAAUUCUGCUUUUAUUUAUUUAUUAUGAAUUUAUAGCCCCUUGACUGAGUUUAAUUUAAUGAAUUACACAGACACGUGCUGAGGUUUUUCCUAUGGAAGAGCUUUUGUUUACACAGUUGUUGCUAUCCAAUAAAAAGCUUGUGAGUCCAGGUUUUUAUUUUAAAAAAUGGGCGAUUAAAAACUUGGAGAUACACGUUUUUCAUUGGACAGCCAUUAUAUUUAGUAAUAAGAAAAGGCACUCCGUUUACUUUAUUUUGUUU